AAUAUUCAGAGGUUAGAGCUUACCCAAUAUGUCAGCGCCCUGUGUAUCCAGAAAAACACGAUGGAAAUGUGAAUGAAACAUAACAGUGGUUCGGGACGAAUAUCUACAUCUACAUCUACGGGGAAACUCCCAACAAUCAAUUUCUGAUCGUAACUGGGAGGUCGGGGCAGUUGUUAUAAAAUUACAAAAUGAUGAAUACAAGCACAGGAGGACCAACACCAAAGAAAAUGAAAUUCUCUCAGAAUGGAGAUGACCAUUACACAAAGAUCAGAGAAGAACGCCUACAGUUGCCAAUACGUCCAGCACGAAGUAGAUUGAUACAAGAGGUACAGAGACAUAAUUCAGUGGUGGUCAUUGGGGAAACGGGGAGUGGAAAAACAACACAGAUACCGCAGUACUUAUUUGAAGCUGGUCUACACAGAAAUUCCAUCAUAGCUAUUACACAGCCUAGAACAGUUGCAGCUAUUACAGUGUCACAGAGAGUAGCUUUAGAGAAAAGGUCCGAUAUGGGAGACUUGGUAGGAUAUCGUGUGAGAUUUGACGACACAACAUCCGAGCAUACAAAGAUCAAGUAUAUGACAGAUGGUAUGCUGUUGAGGGAGGCCAUAUCUGAUCCUCUCAUGAAACGAUACUCUAUUGUGAUACUUGACGAGGCCCAUGAGAGAACUAUACACACAGAUGUUUUGUUUGGAGUGGUCAAAUCAGCCCAGCGUCAGAGACAUAAACUAGGAAUGAAACCUCUCAAGAUAAUAGUGAUGUCUGCAACAAUGGAUGUUGAUCACUUCUCACAGUAUUUUAACAAAGCACCUGUACUCUACCUGGAAGGACGUCAGUUCCCAAUUACAGUGAUGUACUGCAAAGAAGAGCAGUCAGAUUAUCUGUUUGCUUCACUGGUCACAUUGUUCCAGAUACACAGGGAAGCUCUUCCUCAGGAAGAUAUUUUGAUGUUUUUGACUGGACAAGAAGAGAUAGAGUCUGCUGCUAAGUCAAUACGAGAUAUAGCUAAAAACAUGACAGGAAAUGUUCCCAACUUGAUUGUCUGUCCGCUGUUUGCUGCACUGCCUUCACAACAACAGCUGAAAGUGUUCCAGCCUACACCAAAGGGAUGUCGUAAAGUGAUUAUUGCUACAAAUAUAGCAGAGACGUCCAUUACAGUCAGUGGUGUGAAAUAUGUCAUAGACUCCGGGAAAGUUAAGGCUAAAAUAUAUAAUUCCCGAGGUGGCCUUGACCUUAUGAAGGUUGUACAUGUGUCACAGGCCCAGGCGCAGCAGAGAUGUGGCCGUGCCGGGCGCGAGUCUCCAGGGACUUGCUACAGACUGUAUACUGAACAACAGUAUGAAGCUUUCAGGAAAACAACAAUCCCAGAAAUACAAAGGUGUAAUUUAGCCAGUGUAGUGUUACAGUUAACUGCAAUGGGUAUACAAGAUAUAGUUAACUUUGAUUUCAUGGAUAAACCUUCUACUGAGGCGAUAAUAAGUGCAAUAGAACAUCUGAAACUUCUUGGGGCAUUGGAGAAUACAGAAGAAAUCAGGUUAACUUCAAUAGGCAAACAGAUGGCAGAAUUUCCACUUGACCCUAGAAUGUCAAAGGCCAUUAUAUCAGCCAAAGAUUUCAAAUGUUUAGAGGAGAUUCUGACUAUAGUGUCACUGCUGUCUGUGGACUCUGUUCUUUAUACUCCACAAAGCAGAAGGGAGCAAGCUGUAGCUGUUAGACAGAAGUUUAUGUCAAGUGAAGGUGACCAUAUAACACUACUCAAUGUAUUCAGGGCUUAUAAAGGUGUUAAUGGGAACAAGGCAUGGUGUCAAGAAAAUUUUAUCAACAUGAGAAAUAUGCGGACAGUGUUUGAUGUACGACGCCAGCUCAGGGAUAUAUGUGUCAGACAAGAUCUGCCUCUCAAUACAUGUGGUCAUGAUACAGCCUCUAUCAGAAAAUGUUUAGCUACUGGAUUUUUCAUGAAUUCAGCAGAACUGCAGAAGGAAGGAGAAUACAUGUCUUUAUCAACUAGGAAAUCAGUUACGAUACAUCCAUCAUCAGCUUUGUUCCAUUGUAAACCUGCAUAUGUCAUCUAUAAUGAACUUGUACAGACUACUAAAUGUUACAUGAGGGAUCUGUGUGUCGUAGAUGCUGACUGGUUAUAUGAGACUGCACCUACCUACUUCAAGAAGAAAAAACCUGGUGAAUGCGCUGUUGUAAAUUAUUAUUCUUUACUUGUUAUCAAUCUAAUGAAAUAAAUGUAUAAUAUAAAAAG